CAGCAGACACUACAUCUGCAUUGCUCGGCUACCGUUUCGCUUAAUAGGAGAUUACGUUCCACUCGAGUCCUGACUAUACUGCUUCAUCUUAACCCAGCAUAGAUUACAUCGUUAGCCUCACCAGAUUCUGAUUUUGCACCGACGCCGAUCCCACCCGCCAAUAGCUUUUAUGUCAUCUUUUGAAGUGACAGUCUUGGGUGCCUCCGGAGGCCCCAUCGACGGAAAGACCUGCGCGUUGCUUGUCAAACCAGCUUCCCUUUCCUAUGCGGAAAUCUUGGCGACAAAUGAUUGCGAGAGCGUGGUUGCCAUUGACGCUGGGACCAGCUUGUCGGGUAUUGGCGAGGCCAUCAUGCACCACCAGCGGUUGCAGCCGAAGACGCUGAAAGACAUGCCGUUCAGUGACUUCUAUCUCCAAAACUCGCCACAGACCAACCUCCUAUUGGACUUUUACCGCGACUCACUACCGCUCAAGCAGUAUAUUAACGUGCCCACUACAACACCUUUUCAGGAACUCUGCGAGCUUGCACCGCUCGAGUACGCAGCUCUGCUCUUGCGCUUGCUUUCGUGCUACUGUGUCACCCACCCGCAUCUUGAUCACGUAGCUGGCCUCGUGAUCAACUCCCCGGUCUUCUGCGACUACGGAAUUCCCCGCAAGCGGAUCCACGGCUUGCGUCAGACCACCGAAGCGCUCCAGAAACACUGCUUCAACGGGGUAAUCUGGCCGGACCUCGCACGAGACUUCCUCUCCAUGAGCGUAAUGGAGCCCGAAAAGUGGUACCCGCUAAACCUGCACUACUCCGUGCUUCCCUACGAGCUAGCCCACGGGAAAACAAACGGAGACAAGGAUGUUUAUACCAGCACCGCGUUUCUCCUCAAGGACACCACCGACAGUUAUUUAUUGGUCUUUGGCGAUUGCGAGUCCGACGUGCACAGUGAUCAUCCGCGCAACUUCGCCGUGUGGACCGGCGUUGCGCCGUUGAUUCGCGACGGGAAGUUGAAGUCGAUCAUCAUCGAAUGUUCCACCCCCAGUAUGGCCGCUUGUAUCAACUUGUACGGUCAUUUGUCACCCGACUUCCUUAUCCAGGAGCUUCUCACCUUGGAGCGAUGUGUCCGCCAGGUCGAGCCCGGAUGCAAUCAGCCCUUGAUGGGGUUAAAUAUAUUGAUCUACCAUGUCAAAGAGCUGUUCACUUCGAGCGACCCCAGAAGAAAGAUCUUGUCCGAGCUAGAGGCUUUGAAUAAAAGGUACAACAUGGGGAUUGUUUUUUCUGUGGCAUUCCCCGGGGUCACCUACUUACUAUAAGGAGCUGAUAAUAUAGAGUCUGUGGUGUAUCUAGUAGGUAAUAGUAGAUACUGUCAGCUAACUAAAAGUGAAUACUUUUUAUCUGCGAUAUCUACAUGAGAAGGGUAGUCGGUGGCCUUAUAUACUGAGGCGGGUACUAUGUCAGGGUGUCCGCCUAUCGGAGGUAAGAAGAUAAUGGACUUUGACUUCUGUCUAGUUAAAUGGCACCUUUGCUACAGAUUCACUGUGUAUUGGGUAUCUGGCGUAGACGUAUAGGGAGUAGCAUGCAAGGCGGAAGCGUGCGGGGUGAUGAAGUGAAGAUAAAUGGUUGGUAAAGAAACCAGUGGUAUCAUUGUCGGGGAUUCUGCGUCGCAUAAAAGGCUGUAAGCCCCCAACCAUAGUUGAAGCACUCGAAUAAUCCUUCAAUUCUGUUGAGGUCCCGUGA